AUCGCACAAAUGCUGACUUUGGAAGGAGACCCAAGAUCAUAACAUACAGGGUGUGUCAAUAAAGUAGGCCUGCAUUGAGCAUGUCCAUUGUUUUUACUGCACUUGGGGCAUCUUCUUAUACAUAUUACAUUCUUCGGAAGUGCAUCCACGAAUGAUAUGGCAAUUAUUCCUUGUGAUGACAUCAUCUUAUCCCAAUAUGUCCACCCAACCUAACAACAGGACUUUAAGAGUUUGUGAUCUCACAGCCUUGUGUGUCAAGAUGAACUGAUUUUGAAUGAUGGUUUGAAGAAGAAUUUUUUUGAUGUUGAAGUGUCUGUUGUUGACUGCCCUGACCUGACUCAAAAGCCUUUCAUGUUGGCUGCUCCAGGCUUGUGUGGUUCUCCAUGCUUGGCUGAUAUUGGGGGUGUUCCAUACCUUAUACCUACAGUACAGAAAGACAAAUAUUACAACUUGGAGAAGAUAGCUUCUGAGAUGGAGCUGCCAGCUGGUUUCCUUCUUGGUGCUGGGGCAGGUCCUCAUCGCAGUGUCGGAGUGAACUGUGAGAUGAUGGCUAAUAUCAAAGCAAGCGAAGACAAAUCUCAAGUUGUCAACAAAACCCACCUUGCUUCAGUCAAUCCAGAGGAUAAUUCCUGUAUUCUGGAAAAGGCAGAUGUCUCUGAUUGUGCGCUUAUGGCCAACCUGUUUGGGAGUGAAGGUAAACCUGGCAAGGUUUUACAAGUAAAAGCGAAGAAGAGAACUGGUCCAACCAAUUUUGUCACAUGUAUGAGGGAGACGUUAGGAGACCACUAUGGAGAGAAAGCGGUUGGAAUUGGAGGGGCAUUCGUUAUUCAGACUGGAAAGGCUAAAUUACAUAUCAUGCCGAAGUUUUCAUGUGCUCCAUUGAAGACUGAGGAAGAUGUGAAUAGCUGGUUAAACUUCUACGACAUGCCAGCCCCUCUGGUCUGUGUCGGACAGCUGACCUCUCAUGACCCUGACUUGGACCUGCGUGUUGAGCACUUUCAUUGUUUUAGCGACCAUGGCGUUGGAGGACAUUAUCAUUAUGAUGUCACUCCCGAUGAGGUGGAGUACCUCGGCUAUUUCAAUGUAGGAGAGUAUAUGUACAGAAUGGACAGACCAACGGUUACACAUCAAGUAGGAAGAGACUAGUUAUAAUAUUGAAAGCAUACUUCCAUUCCAUUAAUGAUUUGCUAAAUUUUGGUGUAUUCAAGUAACAGACAUUUGGGCAUCUGCAAGAUAACUUAGCUACAUAUGUUUGGUUCUCUUGUUGUUAAUUAGAGUGGAAACUCCCUCAGUGACACCGCUGUUAUGCAGGACACCCCCGAAACUAGGGACAGUGAUUUUGUUCCUUAGUUGGUUGUUUCUAUACAGCUUGACUGCUGUAAUCAGGACACCUCUUUAUCAUUACUAAAGGACUGUAUUCGUCGUUCCAAACGGUGUCCUUGAGAGACAAGUACUACUGUAUAUGGUUUUGUGGUGUAGACCUGUACAAUUUAAAUGCAUGGUUUGCAGAUGAUUGCUUGGAAAUAGAAAUGGCUCAGUGAUUGGUGCUUGGAAAUAGAAUAAGAAAUGGCUCAGUGAUUGGUGCUAUAUUUAUAUUGUGACAAAUAUAAUAACAUACAUGUAUUAUUCUGUCAUCAAUUGUGAAAAACAGAAAAUAUUGAGAAUUCUGGCAUUGAUGUGAGCUAUUGGAUGAAAUAAACAAGUCAAAGAUGUACACUAUUGAAAUAAAUAAACAAAGCAAAGAAUUUA